UUUUCAGUGCAAAGACUGUGCCGAAUCGAUCGAGAGCUACCCCUUAUCAUCGCAAUCUUCAGCGAGAUGACUCACUCGGGCGACUAUUAAUUCAUCAUCGUACUGGUAUCUGGCGCUUCCACACCUUUGACGUCAAUGUUACGACGGCGUUUCUCGCGGUCGUUCACGAUCGUUUUUGCCGUUGUUUCACUUAAUCUUCACGCUAUAAGCGGUUUCAAUUUGGAUGUUUAUGCUCCGAUCUACAAAUACGGCCAGGAGAACACCUACUUUGGGUAUACAGUGGCUGAGCACUUCAAGGUUGAUGAACCUGUCGUUUUAAUUGGUGCUCCAAAGGCAGAAUCUGGUCAAGUGGGUACCAUUCAAGCAGGAGCACUGUACGCGUGUCCGAUAAAUACGCGAUAUACAGGAAAUAGCACAGAAUGGUGUGCGCAAGUCCGCUCCGAAUAUGAAGAUGUUUCUUCUUAUUCGAAAUCGCCGGAUAUGACACUGACUGGUCGAGAAGCGCAUUAUCUCGGCAAAAAUGGCGAGCUUCUCGGUGCAUCCCUUGCGUCACAGGGAACUCGGCGGGGUGGAGCCGUGGUGUGUGCUCCACUGAUGCGGUUCCAUAACACAAGUGCUUAUACGCAAGGAGCUUGUUAUGAACUAAACUCGGAUUUAACUUUGGGCGGAACUUACACGACUUGUCUGCAGAAAAACUUGCCAAAGCUCGAUCGUCAUAAUGAGUACGGAGCGUGUAUGGAAGGAUUUUCGUCAGCUUUUUCUGGGAACACGAUGGUAACAGGAUUGAUUGGUGCGAUGAAGUGGACCGGAGGGGUAUAUGCUCGCAUGGCAGAGGGAGGGAUUUUUGGAACAACAACUGAAAAGUACACUAUGGCACCAGAAGAAGGGGGCGUCAGAACGUUGCUUGCUGCUCAUGAUUACCUAGGUUACUCAGUUGAUGUUGGACGAUUUGGCUUCUGGUAUGAGAAGGGCAAAAAGUCUACCAUAGUGUCUGGCGCUACCCGCUUCGGUCAGCAUGGGGCUGUUAUAUUCCUUCCAUUUACUACGGAUCGCGGCGACCUAUUAACGUUCACUGAAGACCGAUUUCUCAUAAAUGGCACCAAAAUGGGAUCGGCGUUCGGUUACGCAGUGGAAGUCGUUGAUUUGAACAACGAUGGCUUCGAUGACCUAAUUAUCGGUGCGCCAUUCGAGCAUCGCUCUGAUUCUGAUGGACAUUUUGGCGGAGUUGUCUAUGUUUAUUUUUCACAGGGUGUGGAACGUAAAAAGUUCGAAUCUCACAAAGUAUUCCAUUCUCCUAUAAUCCUGAAAGGACCCGAACCUUUUUCACAAUUUGGUCUUGCUAUCAGUAAACUAGGCAAUGUCGAUGGAGAUAAAGACGGUUUUAACGACUUCGCUGUUGGUGCUCCAUUCGCCAAUGAAGGAACAGGAGCAGUUUAUGUUUUUCUUGGCGGCAAAUCUAGAAAGGACUUCCGAAGGAAACCUUCUCAGAUCAUACUUGGGUCGGAUCUUCCAAAUGUUCGACGUCCAUUGAAGUCAUUCGGUUUUUCCCUAUCGGGAGGUUCGGAUCUUGAUGGCAACGGUUACCCCGACCUUGUUGUGGGUGCUGUCACUAAGGGAGUGGUCACAAUCUUGCGGUCUCGUCCGGUAAUUAGCAUCUCGGCACGUCACAGAACAAACAGUAAAUUCAUUGACAUAGAAAAAGGCAAAAACUGUCCACGAGGAGCUAAAACAUGUUUUCCUCUUGAACUGGAGAUUACUGUCGAGAAAGAUUCGUCAAGGGGUGCUGAUCUUGUUGAUUUCAACGCAAACGUAUUUACUUGCAAUCUGGAGGUUAUCCCCGUCAGCCAAGGUGUAGCACUUCGUGGUCAUAUCGGCGCAUCCGCUUCAACUAAUCAUAGCUGGCCUUGUGGGCAAGGCGCCCAUAGAAGACCUCAAAAAUACACAGAAAUGAUCUAUAUCCCGGAGCACGACGAACUCGCUAAAGAUUGGAUCAAUCCGCUUAAAUUCCGUUUUACUGUGCAAAUUAGAAAUGAACGAAAGCCAUCACAUCCGAGUGAAGGAUCACCUAUUGUCGAUCUCAAACAAUAUCCGAUACUGAAUAAAUACGGCGCUAGUUAUGAGUUUCAGAUUCCAUUCAAUACAAAGUGUGGAGAAGAUCAUGUGUGCCAGACAGAUCUCAGUCUCAAAGCUGUAUUUGUGGAUAUCCCGAAAACUGAAAAAGGCUACAUCUCAAAUGUUGGCGAUAAAGAUUAUCUUGAUAUAACUUUCACCGUUGAAAAUCGAAAGGAGAAAGCCUAUCGAGCCGCACUGUACCUAACAUAUGACCCAGAAGAGCUGGAAUUACCCAUGAUAGUUGGCAAAUCGAAGUUGGGCUGGGAAACGGUAGGAAAGAACGUGGUUGUCGUGCGGCUUGGAAAUCCUAUGAACUCGGAGUCUAAGCAUACCUUCGAUCUUCGUUUCAAAUUGGUGCGAGGACGAACGGAAGGUAUCGGCAGACCAUUGCAGUUCGCCGCAAAUGUCAAUUCGACAUCUUCAGAAACAAAUCUUGGGGACAACGAGUGGAAGGCCGAACUGCAAAUAAUCAAAAAGGCAGAACUUGAAUUGAUUGGGACCAGCGAUCCACCCUUGAUCCGCUUUGGUGGCGAAAUCAAAGACGAGUCAGCCAUGGAUUUGGAGGAAGAUAUAGGUGUUAUGGUGCGACAUAAUUACACGAUUCAUAAUAAAGGACCAUGGACAGUACGAAAUGUUACUGCCAAGUUUGAUUGGCCUUAUCAAAUCGAGUCACCUGCUGGCAGACAAUGGGCGCUUUAUCUUCUCGAUGUUCCCACCGCGACAAUUCACAACACAGAUGGAACAGUGGAUAUACGAAGAUGCAGUGUUGAGAGACAGUUUGAACAUGUAAAUCCUUUGGACAACAUAAAACUCAAUACGAAGUACACCACGCAGGAGACGGUAUCUACGCGCACUGAGGUCAGGAAACGAGCCAAGAGAGGUACGGAAGCAUUGAAAAUUGGUGAAGCGGGAUUUCUUCGAAAACGAAUUGAUCCGCACAAAAGGAAAGAAAAUGGCGUUGACGUCCUGGUCGUAACAAUCGGAUGUGCUGAAAAGACCGCUAAGUGUUUUGCGGUGACGUGCCAUUUCGACUUCAUCGACGCCAACUCGGCGCCUGUGAUUGAUUUCAGAGCUCGUCUAUGGAACUCCACUUUUAGCCGGGACUAUUCGGACGUGGAGUACGUUGAAAUUGCUUCCUUUGGAAGAGUUGAAUUAGAUGCAAGUCAAGGAAUUGAGGACGAUCCUUCAAAUAAUGCUGUAAGCGCUAAGACCGUAGCGUACCCAGAUAGGCCUGCCCUCGGUUCUCGCCCUGUUCCCUGGUGGUUGAUACUAGUCAGCAUCCUAAUUGGUUUACUUAUCCUACUCAUCGUCGUGUUGAUACUAUGGCGCUGUGGUUUCUUCAAACGAAAGAAGUAUGGCGAACCAAGCCUCUACCGUGCUGAGCUGCAACACGAGCGAGAACAAUGGAAUCAGACUCAAAUGUGACCUAACUUCUCACACUGCCGAAACACAGCUAGGUGAUAUUCUCUUUUUGCGACAUGUUGUGCCAUUUUGCCCUUCACUGCAUGAUGUUGAUUUCUUGCUCAACAGAUGUUUCGAUCAUCUGCUCUUUUUUAUAUUCCAGGUGCUCGCAUCUGCCUAAUCUCAAUAGCUUUCAUCUCUUUACUUUUCACUCAGAGUCAUAUCUAUCCAUUCAAUGGGUGAAUUGUGUAGUCAGGCUUCGUCACAUUGAAGCCGACUCCGCAUUUUUGUUUAUAGGAUCGAUCUUUUGUUGUGUACACUUGUGAUGCCUUUCACUUUGAUAUUUAUUCUAUGAAUCUGAUAAAUCAUUUCCACUUUA